GGCGCGGCCGGCAGCGGCGGCGGCUUUGGGGCGUUCGCGCAGGGGGGCGCCGCCGGUGGCGGCUUCGGGGCGGCAGCGGCUCAGGGAGCAGCCGGCAGCGGCGCGUUCGGCCAGCCGGCUGGCGGCGGCUUUGGUGCGGCGGCGCCCCAGCCCGGCGGGUUUGGAGCGUUUGGCCAGCAGGGCGGCGCAGCUGCUGCCGGCGGCGGCGGGUUUGGCGCGUUUGGCGGCGGCGGCGGGUUUGGAGCUCAGCAGCAGCAGCCGCCUGCGCAGGGCUCGCCCGGCGGCGGCUUGUGGAACAUGCGCAAGUGA